GUGUAAAGUCUCAGUACAGUCUCAAAACUGUGGCCAUGGUGUUCGCUCGACGCCUCCAGCAGCUUCGGACGCUGCCCAGAGAGCUUAAAACCAAUGCAGGGUCCAUUAUAAACCUCUCAAUUGCUCGCAAUAUGUCCGACAAAAAUGAUGCUGAAGAUUGGAGCAAUCUUAGCGCCGUUCUUAAGGAACUUCGCAAUAUAUCGCGGGAAAACGGACUGGAGGGCGACAUGCCGGACACGAAGUUACUAAAAGAGUUGGGCUACGGAUCGUUAGUCAUGGCUAUUCGCAAGAAACAUGGAGGAGUUGUGGAAGUCGCAGCGAAAAUGGGUACACGCAAGGACGAACAGGUUGUCGACGUGCACAAGAAAGUGAGUGCACGAGCUAAGCGCCGCCAGAAGCGUCAGGAGCGACUCAACAAGCACGACUUUUAUUGAAUACAGUAGCAUCAAAGCACUCGAUAAAAUUUUACAUGAAGCCAUGCCUACUCACUUACGAUCCACGAGCUGCUGUGGUUUGUUUUACUCUGAA